ACAGUGUAACACAAUAUCCUCAUCCCAAAUGUAUUAAAUAUAGCACAUCAUAUAUGGUAAAAAGUAGCUUUGAGCUUUACGUCCAAAGCAAUCACGUUAAGUAAACGGAAAAUGGACUCGUUUGUUUCAAAUACAUCAGUUUUAUUUAGCGUUUUGAUUGCGAUGAUUUGUGGAUUGUCGGAAAACGAUUUGACAAUAGAACCUCGACACGCAGUGGUAGCUAACGGGACGCGUAUGACGUUAUCGUGCACGAUUCCCGCCUCCGUACCGGAAGAGCACCCUGACACCAGGUUCUGGAUGGUACACAACGGAAAAAACUUGACGAGCGACCCAUCGGCUCCCGCUUAUAAAAACAAUAACACGGAGGCGUUUGCUGCUUUUGAUGCGGAGAUUGCCAGUAACACCGACGCGAGCGUGUACACGUGCGUGGUGGCUACAUCUGGAAAAUGGGCGGAUACCAACCGAGCGGAAGUGAAUGGGACCGUAUUGGUUGUAUCGGUUGAACAAGCACCCGUCUUCGCUGAAGUUGGCAAAGAUACCCGUGUAGCUUGCCUGCGCCCGCCGAGUGCGCAGUUGCCUAAAAUCAUUGUGACGUUAAACGAACAUUUAUCGUGUGACGUCGACGUUAUUGCCGAAACGCGCACAUUACAAAGUUUGGAAGAGGCGGAUACAGAAAUCGAUUGUUAUAUCACAACGGAGCGGGCAUGUCUUCAGUAUGGCAAUAUGGGAAAUGCAGUGGACAAAGGAGCUGUUAUUAAACACCGACUUGAUGUAAUUGGUUUUCAAAUUAAUGACACCGUGGCGCAUGAAGUAUGCAUCGCCUUUAGAACAUCCCUGGGAACUUCUAUCAACAUCAGCUUGGCGCUGAAAAACGGAACAGUGGUAGAACACGGCCUCUUAAACAUCUUCUAUGGGAACAUCACAUCUAAGUGCUUUAACCGCACCGACGACGUUGUAGAACUUGUUUUCAUAACGUCGGAAGGGCAUGAAUUUCGGAAGGAUCUUUCUCUCGCUAGAGAGAUUAGUGAAGAAAAGAACCCUAUUGGUUUGGUGGUAGGAAUUGUAGCAGCAGCGGUCGCGAUAGUGGGUUUAGGACUUGGUGUUAUACUAUGCUAUUGCAAGAAAAGAUUGCCCUGUCAAGCGGGAUCAGAAACCCUUGCUAACAUAAAUCAAGGAAGGGCGGGAAAUGACAGCGAAGAUCAUCACAAUGACAGCAAGGAGGACGUAUUUGUAGAUGCUCCCGAAGACCAUGAGGCGAAUAGGAAACAAAGUAAAGUAGAAAAUACAUCUGGAAUGUGGACAAAAGGCUGGGAGAACUUGUCUUCAUAUUUUAAAAGAAAUUCUUCUGACACAAAAGCUGUUCAGAACAACUUCGAAGAUCCAGAGAAAGAAAAGCUUAAUAAAUAAGAUGUACUAAAAUACAGAGACACGUAGUUUUAACGCAAAACUUACCGAUAUUAGCAAGAACACGUCUAGUUUGAACCUGUAUGACUUUCUCCAUUUAAGUUAUUCAUUUCAUUCUGUCGUAUCUCUUAAUACGAAUCAAAAUGAUUUAAUAUCCAUUUUGCAAGUCACUUCAAAUUUUGUAUCCACAACCACACCUUUAGUUAAUCAAAUUUCUCAAUGAAUGCUGACACGAUUUGUUCUUACCUUACAAUGCUGCUCAAAAGUUUAAUUAACGAACAAUGAACUUUAGGAAUGCUUGUUUUGUAUUUUUUGCAGGAACGUUAAGAAUAUUUUUAUUAUGUUGGUGCUUUAUAUCUUCAUUCCUCAACGAUCGACAGUAACUGCUAUUGAAUUUUCAAACAGCUGAGCAUGUCAUUGUUUACAUAUCUCCCAAUUUCACGAUUAUUAUUGUUGUCUUAAUAAAAGAACCUGUCAUUUUUACCAAUAUCCUAAUUUUACGAUUAUUAUUGCUGUUCCUUAUCAAAGAACCUGUCAUGUUUUUAACUAUCUCUUCAGUUCACGAUUAUUACAUGUAUUGUUGUUUCUAAUCAAAGAGCAUGUGAUUUUUUAAAAAUCUAUAUCCAUAUAUCACGAUUAUGGUUGAAUUUACCAAACAAAAUGCAAGAGUUUUAAAUGUUUGAACACCUAUAAUGGAUUAUAUUUUUUUAAUUUUAAUUUUAAAAUUGUAAGGUAAUUAACGAAGGUAAAAUUUGAUACACAAAUUGGACGCAAUGUGUAUUUUCUAUUUUUAUACUUUAUAACACUUACUAUUACGUUCGUACCAAAAAACAACAACGACUCCACACAGAGUUAACCAUACCAAACAGAUGAACACGCACUUAAACGGAUUUAAUUUUUCUAAUGGCUUUUCUAAUGGCUUUUGCGUAAGUAGAAAUAAUAUAAAGGGCGGAACACGAGUUGUUAAAUUGAAAUGUAGCGUAUUUACAUCAAUUUUCUUUGGUUUAUUCAGCCGUAGAUGUGGCGCAUGGUACACUAGUUAAUGCGAGAUACAUUAUUAUGAUUCAAGUUAUCUGCGAGAUUCGAAUAGCGCAUAUAUUGUGCUUUGAAUCAUCGAACAGAAUAUUAAAUGUUUUAUUGUGUUUAAGCUUGUCAUUUUCUACAUAUUUGUACAUAUGCAUAUUGUUGUUUUAUAGUUUAGCGUCAUUGUAAUGUGUUCUAGAUAUGUAGAUGUACUUACAUAAGCUAUGUUAUUUUAUUAGACACUUUAUUUUAGCGUUCGAUAGCUAAUUACUAAAAUACAGGUUUCUGCUUAAAGGCGCUGACAGGGAGGCAUAUACUUUAUUAGUAAAAUAUAAGUCAUAAGCGGUGUUCUAUUGUUAUUUAAUAAUUUAUUCAAGUGUUCGAUUGUUGAAUGAUAAAAAUACUGCUUUCUGCUUAUAGGCGCUGCCAUGGAGGUAUGUGCGUUAUUAGUAAAAAUAUAGCUAUAUGCGGCAUUCAAUUAUUUAAAUGUAUUAAUACUCUUUUAAAAAUGUUUUGUCAUUAUUAUGCACUAUGUUGUAUAAACCGUUUGAUCUUUUGAUAUAUUCAUGAAUAUGAGCAUUUUGUAUUAGGGUUGUUAUAAGUUAUCUUUAUGAAAUAUUUAAGUAUUAAGCAAAAUAAAGUAUUGCCAUAUCA